AUGGUCACGAGGCAGCAUACCCAGGAGUCAUCGUUCAAUAAGGAGAAAUCUGAGAGUUCGGAUCCGGUCAUCAAUGAAGUACCACUCGACGGCGAAGAUUUGGCUGUCGAUACCGCGAAAGCUGCAACGCAGGGACAGUAUUCGGAGGAGGAGUUCACGAGGCUGCUCAGGAAGGUCGACAGAUAUCUGCUUCCGUUGAUGUGGGUCUGUUAUGGAGUUCAACAAGCAGACAAGACCGGUCUGAGUACGCAAGCAACGUUCGGCAUCAAGACUGAUACCCACCUCGUCGGCCAGCAAUAUUCAUGGCUUUCCACCAUCUUCUACAUCACAUAUCUGCUCUGCGAAUUCCCCGCGAACUGGAUGAUGCAGCGUGUGAACAUUGGCAAGACCCUUGCCUUCCUCAUCUUCAUCUGGGGUGUCAUUGUUCUGUGUACUGCGUUCGCAAAAGACUGGGCAGAUCUGAUGGCUCUCCGCGCGCUCCAGGGAGCUGCUGAAUGCACCAUCUCCCCGGCGUUCGUCAUCAUCAUUGCGUCGUGGUAUACCCGGCGUGAGCAUACGAUGCGUUUCCUCAUCUGGGCAUCCGCAAACGCCGGGUUUGCCAUUAUCAACGAUCUUUGCAUGUAUGGUAUCGGAAGACAUGCCCAAAGCCAUGGGGGUCUCGCCGCCUGGAAAGGGAUCUCAUUCUUCCUCGGUGGAAUUACUAUCGUCCUCUCGUUCUUCGUUUUCUUCCUCCUCGGAACCCCUCGCGAAGUCAUGUGGCUCUCGGCUGAUGAGAAGAGGAUGGCUGCGGCUCGUAUUGCAGUCGACCAGACUGGUUCGGACAGACAGAAGAAGGCGUGGAAGAAGUACCAGGCUUGGGAGGCUCUCGCAGAUCCACAGACUUGGUUCAUUUUCGUCAUCGUCAUCGUUUCGGCGCUACCUAACGGAGGAUUGACGACCUUCGGUAACUUGGUCUACGUCUCCUUCGGGUUCAGCAAUCUCGAUACUCUCCUCGAAGGAACCAUUCCACGUAACGCCCUAUCCGUUAUCUGGUUCCUUUCGAUCGGCUGGCUCUCCCUCAAGCGCAAGAACAUUCGCUUCUGGAUCAUGAUGGCCUCUACCGUCCCCCUGUUCGUCGGUCUGCUCGGCGUUGGCCUACUUCCUGCCGAGUCAAAGUACCUCUGGUCGAAGUGGGGCCUUUACCUCAUGAGUGUAACGGGCAAUAUCAACGGCCUUCUUAUCUGGACCUUUGUCGCUUCGAAUGUCGCCGGACGUACCAAGAAGUCCGUCGUCAGCACCAUCAUGUUCAUCGGCUACUGCGUUGGGAACGCCAUCGGUGCUCAGAUGUUCCAGGCGAAGGAUGCGCCACGAUAUGUCCCUGCGCUCAUCGCUUGUGCAGUCCUUGCCUUUGUGCAGUUCUGGAUGCUUCUUGCUUGGAGGACAUACUACGUAUUGCAGAACAAGAAGCGGGAACGGGUAGCUGAGAAGGAGGGUAUCACCGAGGAACAGAGAGUACAGCUCGGGGCGAUCAACGGAGAGCAGGAUAUGACAGAUCUAGAAAAUCCUCAGUGA